AUGAAAUUUAUUGUAAAAGUAAUUUUAUUAGUAAACAUUUAUAGUACAAUUUUUUGUCACCUUCAAAAUAUAAAAUACACUCAUAAGAAUCAUUUACUAUUCAUAUAUAUAAAAAAUAAUAAUUUCAUUUUAAAUACUAAAAAAUUCAAGAAAAAUGAUAAAUACAUACGUCAAAAAAGUACCUUCUUAUCUUCAUCAGAAAAUGAACAAAAUGAUGGUAAUGUAAAUAAGAAAAAAAAUAAUACAGGAGAUAGUAUAAAGUUUUAUGAUUUUUCACACCUAUAUAAACACUAUAAUAUAGAAAAAAAAAAAAAUAAACAAAGUAAUUCAACAAAUGACAACCAAGAAGUAGUAAAUUGUAUGGAGUCAGAACAUGUAAGUAAUAUAAUUAAUGAUAAUAUUAUAAAUAAACAAAAUAAUAAUAAUAAUGAUGAUAAUAAUAGGACAAUAUAUAGUAAUAAUGAAGAAAAUAAUUCAUAUACACAAAGCAGUAGUGAUACCACUAAUAAUAAAAAUAAUAGCCUACUUGUAAAAGAUGAUCCAAAUAGAAUACAAAAAGUUAUAUUUGAAAAUGUAUAUGAUUAUAGUAGUAUAUUUAAAGAGAAAGAAAAAAAACCAUAUGUGAAAACUUAUGUAGCUAAUGUUUUUCAAAAAAUGCCUAAAUUUAAAGAUAAUACUAAAGUUAUUAAAGAUGCUUUAUUAUAUUUAAAAUUUAUUGAAAAAGGAAAUUUAUAUUUAAUUAAAAAUGUUGAUAAAAAAAGUGUGAACCCUGAACCGUAUGAUGAUUUUUCAAAUAAACAAAAAAAAAAAGGAACAAAAAAAGAUAAAAUCAAAUUAGAAUUAACAAGUAUUUAUAAUAAUAUUAAUAAAGAAAAACAUACCAAAAAAAGAAUAUGUAAAGAGUGUUGUAUAAAAAUUGAUUUAUAUACUAAACUUUUAUCAAGACCAUUAAAUAAUAUUUAUAAUAUGCAUAGAAAUCUAAAAAAAUUCUUACAUCCAUUCCAAUAUAGCUUAUAUGAAAAUACUGUAACCAAUUUAUAUAAAGACGGUGAUGUUUCUAAUUCUUUAAGCGAUGUAUUAAAUAAUAUAUUAGAAGUAAGGAAAUUAAUAACUUCUACUGGUAAAAUGUAUGCAGGACAAUUAAAAUAUUUAAAAACAUGUAGAGAAAUUUUCCGUACAUUAAAUGAAGCUAUUGUAGAUUUAAAUAUUAUUUUACAAUCAGGAAGAAAAUGGCUUGAUAUAUAUAAUUCAUAUAUCAAAAAAAUUAGAAAAAUUAAAUACAUUGAUAUAACUAAACCUGCUAUAUCAAUUAUAGGAUGUACAAAUGUUGGAAAAAGUAGUCUACUUAAUUCAAUAACAAAUUCGAAAUCAAAAGUUGCAAAUUAUAAUUUUACAACAAAAGAAUUUAAUCUAGGACAUUAUUCUUUUGCAAAUGAUAAUGAUAUCUUUACUACACAAAUUAUGGAUUUACCAGGAUUAAUUGAUCGUCCAGAAGAUAAAAGAAAUCUUAUGGAAAAACUUUCUUUAUCAUCUCUAAAAAAUAUACCAUCAGCUGUUAUCUAUGUUUUUGAUCCUUUAAAAAAAGAUGAUCAUAAAUUUUCAUCUUUAAAAUCACAAAUAGAUAUCAGAUAUUAUCUAAGGGGAUUAUUCCCAUUUAGACCUUGGAUUGAUGUCAUAACGAAAUCUGAUUUAAUCAAUUUUGAUCAAGUUCAAAUACCAAAUGAUAUAAAACAAAAUGCUCUAUUCUUGUCAACCGAACAUAAACCUUCCCUAUUACCUCUAAAGGAAAGAAUAAAUGAAGUUACAUAUAAAUUGAAUAACUUUUUAAAUAAACAUAUCAUGGAAUAA